CAAUCCGGAAAUUUCCGAAGCCGCUCCAAACCAAAUCCCUGUACAAUCCCAUCCGUCUCUCUUCCCCUUCAAGUCAACCUCUUUAUAUCAAACACAAAUCAGUGCUGUAUACGUAUACUUGCGUUUGUGUACGAAUUCGAUAAGCUAUAUAUCUCGUUGCGAAGGUGAGCAAAAAUGGCACUGGGGACCGUAGUUGAGGAGGUGGAUGUGGAGAUAAUCAAGCCACGGAAUGAUAAAAGAGAGUACAGAAGAAUUGUUCUUCAGAAUAAUCUACAAGUUCUCCUCAUUAGCGAUCCCGAAACCGAUAAAGUUAGUAGCCUUUUCAUUUAUUUUUUGGAAAUUGUAGUGUUGUACUUUUUUACUUUUGAGUACUUUCUUCAGAAACACCUAAGUGCUAAAGAUCAUCCAUACCAUAAGUUCAGCACAGGGAACUGGGAUACUUUGGAGGUACAGCCAAAAGCAAGAUUCGUGGACACAAGGGAAGAGCUUCUACAAUUCUAUGACAAUAAUUAUUCAGCCAACCUUAUGCAUCUGGUUGUUUAUGCUAAAGAUAGCCUUGAUAUAUCUCAAAGCCUGGUGCAAAAAAAGUUCCAGGAAAUCCGCAAUGCUAAUCGAAUUUGUGCCAGUUUUAUUGGUCAGCCUUGCACUCCCGAACAUCUUCAGAUUCUUGUGAAAACCGUCCCAAUAAAACAAGGUCACAAGUUGAGAUUUUCAUGGCCGAUAACUCCAGGCAUUCGGCAUUACAAGGAAGGGGCAAGCAGGUAUCUGGGUCAUUUAAUUGGCCAUGAAGGAGAAGGAUCUCUGUUUUAUGUCUUAAAGAAGUUAGGUUGGGCAACAAGUUUAUCUGCUGGUGAAUCAGAUUGGACUUCCGACUUUUCUUUUUUUAAAGUUUUAAUUGAUCUAACUGAUGCUGGUCAAGAGCAUUUUGAGGAUAUCGUGGUACUGUUAUUCAAAUAUGUUGACCUCCUGAAGCAAUCUGGUCCCUGUGAAUGGAUAUUUAAUGAGCUUUCAGCCAUUUGUGAGACGGCCUUCCAUUAUCAAGACAAGAUACGGCCUUCGGAUUAUGUGGUUGAUGUAGCACUAAAUAUGCAGUUUUAUCCUCCAAAAGAUUGGCUGGUGGGUUCAUCUUUGCCUUCAAAGUUCAAUCCAGGCAUUAUCGAGACAGCAUUGAAAGAGCUCACUCCAAACAAUGUUAGAAUAUUUUGGGAAUCAACAAAGUUUGAAGGACUGACGGACUUGACAGAACCCUGGUAUGGAACUGCAUAUUCUGUAGAGAAACUAACUGGUUCCACAAUUGAGCAAUGGAUGGAGAGGGCACUUAAUGAACAUCUACAUCUGCCUACUCCUAAUGUGUUCAUUCCCACUGACUUUUCUCUUAAGAAUGUCUCUGAUAAAAUGGAACUUCCAUGUUUGUUGAGAAAAUCACCAUAUUCAAGGUUGUGGUACAAGCCAGAUACAGCAUUUUCUACUCCCAAGGCAUAUGUUAAGAUAGAUUUCAAUUGUCCCUUUACUGGAAGUUCACCCGAAUCUGAAGUGAUUACAGAAAUUUUUACGCGUUUGUUGAUGGACUACUUAAAUGAAUAUGCUUACGACGCACAGGUUGCUGGUCUUUAUUAUGGAGUUAACAACACUGACUAUGGUUUUCAGGUCACUGUACUUGGAUACAAUCACAAAUUGAAGAUCUUACUGGAGACCGUAAUUGAAAGAAUUGCAAAUUUCGAAGUAAAACCUGACAGGUUUUCUGUUAUCAAGGAACUGGUCACAAAGGAAUAUCAGAACGUGAAGUUCCAACAGCCAUAUCAGCAAGCUAUGUACUACUGCUCGUUAAUACUACAAGAUCAAACAUGGCCCUGGUAUGAUGAACUUGAAGUUCUUCCACAUCUAGAAGCUGAUAAUCUUGUUAAAUUUUAUCCCCUGAUGCUAUCAAGGACCUUUCUGGAAUGCUAUAUAGCAGGAAACAUCGAACCAAAUGAAGCAGAGUCAAUGAUCCAGCAUAUUGAAGAUAACUUUUUCAAGAGUCCUCGUCCUAUCUCUCAGGCUUUAUUUCCAUCUCAGCACUUGACAAAGAGAGUUGUUAAUCUUGAAAGGGGCAUACAUUACUUUUACAGUGCUGAGGGCCUAAAUCCAAGUGACGAAAAUUCUGCCCUUAUCCAUUACAUUCAGGUAUGGCAUAAAAUUGAAGGUUAAUAUAAUAGGAAGAAA